CAGACACCCAGACACACAGACAGACACACACACAAACACACACACAAACACACACAAACACACAGACACCCAGACACACACACACGUAGACACCCAGACACACCGAUGUCUUCCGCGGCCCCGCCGUGCGACAGCUGCCCGGGCGCCGAAGACGGCGGCGGCGGCGGCGUCUCGGCGGCCGUCAAGACGUGCCUCAAGUGCGAGGCGUCGUUCUGCGCCGAGCACCUGAGGCCGCACCUGGCCAACCCGCGGUUCGCCGACCACGUGCUCGUGGCGCCGGGCGCGCGCCUCGAGGAGCGGAGGUGCGCGGCUCACGGCAGGCGUCUCGACCUCUUCUGCCGCAGCGACGGGAGCCUCGUGUGCGUCGCGUGCGUCGCGGGGGGCGGCGGCGGCGGCGACGGCGACGCCGCGGGGGGCGACGGCCACGGGGGCCACGAGCUGAGCUCGGUCGAGGACGAGCACAGGGCGCGUAAGAGCUCCAUCAGGGACGAGAGGCGAGCGGCCGAAGACGAGAGGAAGGCCGCAGAGGCAUCGGUCAAGAAGAUGGAGGCGUCGCAGAGGGAGGUGGAGAAAACCGUGCUCAAGAGCAAGGCGCGCAUCUCGGGCUCGUUUGCGCACAUGCGCGCGACCCUCAACGAAAAGGAGAAGGAGGCCCACCGCUCCGUCGAGGCCGCCGGCCACGAGCUCAUCCGCCGCAUCCAGGAGGGCAUCGCUCGCCACCAGCGGAAGAUCGCCGACCUCAAGGAGGCGUCCGAGCGCCUGGGGGCGCUCGAGGACGAGGACGACCCCAUCGGCUUCUUGCAGAGUCACAUGGAAGAGACCCGCAGGAGAGAGAGGGCGACUGACGAGAUUCCGCCACGAGGCGUCAGCGCAGGGGAGAUCAGCUCGCUCGCCUCUGUGGAAGGAGUCAUCGUCAGACUGCUGGCCUUCCUGUACGGACGCUCCCCCACCGUCGUUGAGAGCCCCGACGAUGGCGACGGCCUCCCCCUCCAGGUCUCCUCCGACCUCAGGACCCUGACCAAGUCCCCCGACGCCGGCGUCCCCGGCCGCCCGGAGGCACCCGCCCGGCGCGUCGCGGCCCUCUGCUCGCCGAGCUUCUCGUCGGGCCGCCACUACUGGGAGGUGGACGUCAGCGCCUCCGACUCCUACGAGGUCGGCGUCGCGUACGACGACGAUGCCGGCGGCGGCGGCGGAGGAGGAGGAGGAGGCGGAGGAGGAGGAGGAGGAGGAGGAGGCGGAGGAGGCGGAGGAGGAGGAGGAGGAGGAGGCGGAGACACCGGCGCCUCCUGGAGCCUGGCGAGACGCGACGGGGGCCACCUGGCCGCGUGCCACGGGGGGCUGGAGACGCCGCUGGCCGCAGCCGUCGGCGGGGACGGCCAGCGGCGUCGUCUCGGCGUGCACCUCGACCGCGACGUGGGGCUGCUGUCGUUCUACGACGCCGGAUCGGCCACGCUGCUGCACUCGUUCGUGGGCGUGGGCGCCGGUGGCGGUGGCGCCGGUGGUCUUGCGCGGCCUCUCCGCCCCGCGCUGACGGUCGACCGGGGUUCGGUGGCUAUCAGGGAGCUGGAUCACAUCUAAAUGAACACACUUAUGUUUUUAUUUUACCAAGUGUUAAGGCCCCCAAUCUCUUCAGCGUUAUAACGACGCACGAGUUAUAACUUGCACCAUUAUAACGUUGCACGCGUUAUAGCAUUACAAUCGUAAUAACAUUACACGCGUAAUAACGUUACACUCGUAAUAACGUUACACUCGUAAUAACGUUACACUCGUAAUAACGUUACACUCGUAAUAACGUUACACGUGUAAUAACGUUGCCCCGUUAUAACGUUACACGCAUAAUAACAUUACACGCAUAAUAACAUUAUACGCGUAAUAACGUUACACGUUAAAUAACGUUGCACUCGUAAUAACGUUGCACGUGUAAUAACGUUACACGUGAAAUAACGUUGCACGUGUAAUAACGUUACACUCGUAAUAACGUUACACUCGUAAUAACGUUACACUCGUAAUAACGUUACACGCAUAAUAACGUUACACGAGUAAUAACGUUACACGCGUAAUAACGUUACACGAGUAAUAACGUUACACGCGUAAUAACGUCGGCCCAUUAUAACAUUACACUCGUAAUAACGUUACACGCAUAAUAACGUUACACGCGUAAUAACAUUCCACGUGUAAUAACGUUGCCCCGUUAUAACAUUACACGCGUAAUAACAUUACACGUGUAAUAACGUUGCACGUGUAAUAACGUUACACGCGUAAUAACGUUACACGCGUAAUAACGUUACACGUGUAAUAACGUUGCCCCGUUAUAACAUUACACGCGUAAUAACAUUACACGCGUAAUAACGUUACACUCGUAAUAACGUUGCACGUGUAAUAACAUUACACGCGUAAUAACGUUGCACGUGUAAUAACGUUGGCCCAAUAUAACAUUACACUCGUAAUAACGUUACACGCGUAAUAACGUUACACUCGUAAUAACGUUACACGUGAAAUAACGUUGCACGUGUAAUAACGUUACACUCGUAAUAAUGUUACACGAGUAAUAACGUUACACGCGUAAUAACUUUGGCCCAUUAUAACAUUACACUCGUAAUAACGUUACACUCGUAAUAACGUUACACUCGUUAUAACGUUACACGAGUAAUAACGUUACACUCGUAAUAACGUUACACUCGUAAUAACGUUACACGAGUAAUAACGUUACACGCGUAAUAACGUUGGCCCAUUAUAACAUUACACUCGUAAUAACGUUACACUCAUAAUAACGUUACACGCCUUAUAACGCUGCAUGCGUUAUAACGGAGGUAGUGGUGGAGGUCACUGCGUGGAUUUUCCCUCCUUUGCCCUCUGGGGUCUCCACCUCCAUUUUUAGAAUCAACGUCACCCCACGCUGCUCGCAGCAUUUGGCUGCUGCUGCUGCUGCUACUGUGAAUGUCGACGCGGUGACGACGAUGGUGGCGUUGAUGGUAUCAGCGCACUUUGGUUGAGCUGCUGGCAUCAUUUGUGAUGGCCAGAGUCGCUACCAGAGCUCAGUGGGGCCUCGUUAGACCUGGUGGCGUAAAAAAAAUAUAUUUUUUUGUUAGGGUCUCGAUGAGUGUGGGUCUUUGUGAGCCUCUGUGUACGGGUUCCCUGUAGGGUCUCUAUGCGUUCUAUAGGGCUCUAUGGGUCUCUAUGUGUCUUUGUGGGUCUCUAUUUAUCUCUGUGGGUCUCUAUGCAUCUCUAUAGGUCUCUAUGGGUCUCUAUGUAUCUCUAUGCAUCU